AUGGCAGCCGUCCUUGAUCAAGGCGUCAAAAAUUUCACCGACAUCCUGAUCACUCCAAAUUCUCCUUCCAAGCUCAGCUACCUUCUCUAUCCAGGUCUUCUGAUCACGAUCCUUAUUCUUCCUGCCUACCGUUUUGUGCUCAAGGACUACCACGUCUUCUUGGCCUUGGGCCCUGGUGGCACCCCAAAGACCUUCCCAGGCUACCUCCGUGUGUCAUAUCUGCGUCUUUUCACCAUCAGCGAUCCCUUACGGCCCCCAUCACUGGCAGAAACCGUCUUUCCUACAAACGGAUACCUGCGGCAAUUGCCACAACGUUCGGGUCCUCGCCCUACUGUUGCCGGGAUCGCCCCACAUCGCCAAUUGGACCAAAAGUGCACGGCUGAACUGCAUCAUGUUCUUCGAGACGGUCUUCACAAACUUGCGGCCGCGUUUCCAUCUCUAAUACGUAAGGGCAGCUCCUGCUUCGAAAAAAACGGUCUUGCUCUAUUCCUUUCUGCCUGUACUCAGUCAGCGCCCCCUAAUGACACAGUGCACCCGGGAUUUAGCCAUCUGAAUCCAACCUGUCAGGAUACCGGGGAGAUCUGUCAUCUACAUGCUAUGGACUCUAGCAUGCACCUUACGCUUCACCCGCUUGACAUUUCAAUCGUGCUUUCCGCCGGCUGGGGAGAGAGACACCCGCUUGCAGGCAAGUACGUCCAUGGCAAAGAACUGUUACCCUCUGGUUUCGUUAUGAUAUACGCCCCACGACAGGAAAGUCAGGUUGAGACUGUGAUGGAGAUUGUCAAAGCGGGCGCUUGGUGGGUUGGCGGUGUGGAUUUGGCUAAGGCCAACGGUUUCGGCGGAGAGCAAUGA